UCUCCACUUGCAGCCAAAUAUAUAUAAUAUUUGGAUCUACCUUAGCAUCUUCGCCCACGAUUCUCGGCAUCUAAUUUCAGAUGCUUCUCUGAUUUCCCUCUUCCUCUUGAAUCCGACGGCUCAUAUUUAUCACCCAAUUCCCAUAUAUAUUCCCUACAUUACACUCCACUUUCCUAAUUAAGAGAAAAAGAAAAAGGAAAAGUUUCAAAGAAAAUUUAUUAUGAAUGCAAUGGAAUCUCCGCUUGAAGCUCUUGCUUUCAAUUACUUAAGCUUCGGUUUCAUUACAGUCGUUAAUAAUGUCUGGACAUGGAUCGCCGUUAUUACGGCCGCCGUUAGCUUCUGGAGAAUCAAAGCAUCUUCAACGUUACCUGCACCGGAGCCACGUGCAGACUUUUCUGGCCGUGCCCCAUCUCCAUCUCCGCCGACGACAACGUCGUCUAUGUCGUCACCGUCAUCGCAGGUAGAAAGGGAGUCAACUCAGCAGGCAAUAAUAUCAGAAAAAACCUCUUCAACAGCUACUACUAUGAUGUUUCCUGUUGUUUCUUUGAUCAAAGAAGAAGGAACAAAAGGGAAACUAACGGUGUAUUUUAAGCAAGAUAUUGACGGUGGAGAAUGUGACGGCGAUAUCGUAAACGGUGAUCGGGAGGAGGAAGAGUUGAGUAAGGAGUGGUUUGAAAAUUGGGAGAGAGUGUUGAAAAUGAGGAAAGGAGAAAUGGGGUGGUACUCUUACCAGGACAUGAGGGUUAUUGACGGCAGCGUAGUUAGGUUGUGGGACGGCUGUAGACGGCGGAGGAAUGCAGAAACCACCGCUUUCUCGGUUGGUGUAGUUAGUACGUGGUAGUUUAGGAGGUUGCUGUUAAUUAGUAGAGAUCAUGCAAUAACAGGUUUCACCACUAUGGAAUUUUAGAAAGAAAAAUUGUACAUAUUCUAGCUAUAUUAAUUAGUAUUUAUAAUACCUAAAUCUUGACAACGCAAAUGCUGCAUUUUUUGUCUUUGUUGUUCUAUAAGUUUAUAACGCAAAUCCUCCAUCGUAGCUUGUUG